GGUCGAACAAGGCACCAACAUGGCGAAAAGUCUGUGGCUCUGCCUGGGUCUAGCCGCGAUCUUCGCGGUCACCCUGACCACAGCCAGGGAGGCGAGGGAAAAAAGGGACCUCUUGAUGGCCGCUAGCCACCAUGGUCACCACCACGAAGAGGGUGGCGGUCACGAACAUCAUGGCCACCAUCACGAGGAACACGGCGAGAAGGGUGACAAGGGCUACAAGAACUAUCAUCACCACGACAAGGGCGAGCACGGUCACCACGGCAAGGAUCACCACGAGGGCCAUCACGGCGAGCAUGGUGGGCACAAGAAGGGCCAUCACGACGAGCACGACGAGCACGGCGAACACCACGAGCACGAGCACGGUCACAAGGGCGAGAAGUUCGGGCACAAGAAAGGCCACAAGAAGGGCGAGAAAACUCAUGGUUAUCAUCACAAAGCCCACAAAGACGAGUACCACAAGGAACACAAGUUCUACGAUGAUUUCCACAAAGGUGGACACCACGAGAAGCACGGAAAUCAUCAUGGACACCACGAAAGCAAGGAAGGCCACCACAAGAAGGGUGGACACCAUCACUCGGGACAUCACGAGGAUCAUCAUGGGAAGAAGGGUCACUACGACAAGGGACACUACGACGAGGAUCACAAAGGAUACCAUGGAAAACAUGGACACGACGACCACCACUCGCAUCACGAUGACUAUGGAAAAAAGGAGGAACAUCAUGGGGGAAAGAAGCAUGGAUAUUCGAGCGGCGAUGGACAUCAUGGUCGUUGA